CUAAAAAUUGUGACUUUUGUUUCUCGAUCGGUUCAAAGGUGUCAACUUGGAAGCAAUGGACACAUGGUUGGUUUCUCAGAAGAAGGUUUUGUUUGAAUUCCCAGUAGGUCUUAGGGUCGUUGCAGUUGAUCAUGACCCCACUAUUCUUGAUAACAUUCUUAAUAUGUGUUCUCGAUGCCACUAUCGCGCUGUGGCAUACUCUGAUGCCUCACUUGCUAUUUUGCGAGGAAACUCUGGAGUCAAAAUCAACCACCAAAAAAACAAGAUUCUGAAUUUGUUUCUUAUGUUCUUGAUGCAAUAGCGAGGGGCCAAGAAAAGAUCGGUACAAAUUUCAAAGAAUCUGAUUCCGAUGAACUGGAUGAUUCUUUUGCACCCCCUACAAAGAAACCCCGUCUAAUGUGGCGACAAGAAUUGCAUCAACAAUUUGUCGAGGAUGUUAUGCAAAUUGGACUUGAUAAGGCAAAGCCAAAAAGGAUUGUUGAAGCUAUGAAUAUCCCUGGUUUGACAAGAGAGCAAGUAGCUAGUCAUUUGCAGAAACAUAGACAUGAGUUGUUGUUGAAUACAUCUAAAGGAGUGACAUUGCAACAGAAUGAGAAGACAUUGUCAAACAACAUAGAAUCCAAGAGAAGGGAAGGUGCAUAUGGAAGGUUUGACUUAACAGCUUUUGGUGAUACCAGCCAUCUUUCUUAUGCUGCCCUUCAUCCUGAGGAACGAAUGGAAGACCAAUGGCCUUACUAUUCCCUUGCAUAACAAAAUGUAGCAUUGAUGUUAAUUCAGAUUUUUUUAUACUAUAUUGUAAAAAUUAUGAGUACAGAAUUUCACU